GGGCCGGCGGGGCGGGGCUCUUUCCUUUCACGCCGGCCUCGGUUUCGAGUAGCCGCUUCUGCCAUCACCUCCGCGGCCAAGAGUCCCAGGAAAUGCCCGCCGCCCCCCGCUUCGAGUCCCAGAGCGAGGACGACCUGGAGCCCGAGACCCCCAUGGAGCCCGACGCCGCUCCGCACCACGCCGGCCCCAAAAAGAGCAAGAAGAAUAAAAAAGAUAAAGCAGAAAAGCAGAAACGGAAAAAGCAUACAUUAGCCGAGACUGAAUUACUGGAUUUGGAGUUGGAGCCACCAAAAGCAAAGAAAAUUAAAAAAAAGAAAGAAAUGGCUGUUAAAAAUGAAGAUGGAAUUUCAGAAUGCAAUUCAAUAUCUCACAUGAGUAAUGGGGUAAAGCACUCAAAAAAGGAGAAGAAUUCUUGUGAAGAUUCACAUAUAGAAUGUGAAAGUGAUCAAGAUGAGGAACUAACAGCAGAACAAAAGGAAGGUGCUUUUAGCAAUUUUGAUAUCUCUAAAGCAACCCUUGAUCUUCUGAAAGCUCGUGGUGUCACCCACCUGUUUCCAGUACAAGUGAAGACUUUCAAGCCAGUAUUUGAAGGCAAAGAUGUAAUUGCCCAAGCUCGGACAGGAACAGGGAAAACAUUCUCCUUUGCCAUUCCAUUAAUUGAAAAACUUGAUAGAGAUCCACAGGAAAGAAAAAGAGGCCGUUCACCAAAGGUACUAGUUCUGACUCCAACCAGAGAAUUGGCAAUGCAGGUUGCCAGAGACUUCAAAGAUAUUACAAAGAAACUUACCGUGGCUUGUUUUUAUGGAGGAACAGCGUAUAAUGGACAGUUGGAUCUAAUUAGAAAUGGCAUUGACAUCCUCGUUGGGACUCCUGGUCGAAUAAAAGAUCACCUCCAAAAUAAUAAAUUGGACUUUUCUAAAUUGAAACAUGUUGUCUUGGAUGAAGUUGAUCAGAUGUUGGAUAUGGGAUUUGCUGAACAAGUAGAAGAAAUCUUAGUGAAUUCUUAUAAGAAGGAUUCCGAAGAUAAUCCACAGACACUCUUGUUUUCUGCAACGUGCCCUCAGUGGGUUUACAAUGUAGCAAAGAAAUAUAUGAAAUCCAAAUAUGAGCAAGUUGAUCUUAUUGGAAAGAAGACUAAAAAAACUGCUAUGACUGUAGAGCAUUUAGCCAUCGAAUGUCAUUGGUCCCAAAGAGCUGCAGUGAUUGGAGAUGUCAUUCAAGUCUACAGCGGGAGUCAUGGACGAACCAUCAUAUUUUGUGAGACAAAAAAAGACGCAACUGAACUGGCUCUUAAUGCCUCAAUCAAACAGGAUGCACAAUCUUUACAUGGUGAUAUUCCACAAAAGCAGAGAGAGGUCACUUUGAAAGGCUUCCGUAAUGGAGCGUUUGGAGUACUGGUUGCAACUAACGUGGCUGCCCGCGGCUUAGAUAUUCCAGAAGUUGAUCUGGUGAUACAGAGUUCCCCACCAAAGGAUGUAGAAUCUUACAUUCAUCGCUCUGGACGCACAGGCCGAGCUGGACGGACUGGGAUCUGUAUCUGUUUCUAUCAGCGCAGGGAAGAUUAUCAGCUGAAACUUGUAGAACAAAAAGCGGGCAUUACAUUUAAACGUGUAGGUGUUCCUACAGCAACAGACAUAAUUAAAGCUUCCAGCAAAGAUGCAAUCAGAUCUUUGGAUUCUGUUCCUCCAUCUGCCAUUGACUACUUCAGACAAUCUGCUGAACAGCUAAUAGAAGAAAAGGGGGCCGUGGAAGCUCUGGCUGCAGCCCUGGCUCAUAUCUCAGGAGCUACCUCUCUUGAACAGCGCUCUUUGCUCAACUCUGAUGCGGGUUUUGUGACCAUGAUACUUCAGUGCUCGGUUGAAAUGCAUGCUGCUGGUUAUGCUUGGCGGGGUCUGAAAGAACAAUUGGGUGAGGACAUUGACAGCAAAAUAUCCAGACUGUGUUUUCUCAAAGGAAAAAUGGGCGUAUGUUUUGAUAUUCCAAAAGCUGAAUUAAAUAAAAUAAAGGAAACCUGGCAAGAUACAAGACGCUGGCAACUUUCUGUAGCAACAGAAUUGCCUGAGCUUGAAAAUUCACCACGGGAGGGAGGCAGAAAUGGAGGCUCGGAUUUCAGGAAUGGAAGACGAAAUGGUGGUUUUAACAGGCCUGAUCGAUUUAGAAAUAGGGGCCAAAAACGGAGCUACAACCAAGCUUUUUGAUAACUUGUUAAUAUGUCAAAAUGGGACUCGAACCUUGUUUUACUAUAAGUAAAAUUAAUUUACACUUUA